CAAAAGAGCGAGAGUGACAGUCAGCCAGCGUCGCGUUUGUAAACAUUGUCAAUAAGUUGAAUCAGUUCUUCGAAAAGACUCGAAAUUUCCGUACUUCGGGCCAUUUCGGGUGAUCGGGUCAUUAAUCAGUAAUCACUUUGGUCUUCAUGAUAUUCCGCUGUGCAAUUCCGAGUCGACAAAUUCUCAAAAGUGUCACCAUCGGAAUCCCCCAGCGACCUCGUCGUUUCCUAACCAUCAUGAUGAAUGGCAAGGAGUCAAAAUGCUUUGUCUUCAUCGAUCUUGAGACGCAUGAUCUCUACAGACCCAGAAUUACGGAAAUCUGCAUGAUAGCUGUCCUACGAGAGCACAUCGCAGAUGCCCACCUGAAGCAAGAAUUUUCUGCUCCACGAGUGUUAAACAAGCUCUCAAUCUGUAUGGCUCCAGAAGCGUCAAUUCAUCCAACAGCUGCAGAUAUAACAGGACUUUCAAAUGAGCUGUUACAAGAAUACCCUGUCUUCAAUGAGCAAACUGGAACGAUGAUUCAGACAUUCAUUGAUUUGUUGCCGAAGCCUGUUUGCUUGGUUGCUCAUAAUGGGCAUAAAUUUGACUUCCCUGUCUUAAAGAAUGCCCUGCUGAAAGUCAACAAGGAUAUGCCCGAGCAUCUCAGGUGCUCCGACACUCUCCCUGGGUUUAGGAAAGUGUUCAAAGAUUGGAAGAUGAAAGCUGAACUCUCAUUUGUCGAGACUCUCAGCCAAAACGGAGUCCCUUUGACAGACGCAAGUCCCCUCAAAACUCUCAACGGAUCAACGGUUGGAUGUGACAAUUUAUCUGAUCAAAAUGGAGCUGCCAUCAAAGAAAGACAAGAAGCCAGAGUACCAAAUGGUGUAACAGUGACAAAUGCAGCAGUAGAGUCCAAUGCUGCAGGAACUUCUAAAGUUCCAGAAACAACUCUUCUUGAUUGGGGACAUGACAGUGAGGAUGAAGCUCUUGCACAGAUGGACCUUGAUGCUAUUGUUGCAGAAGCAGAAGCACAGGAAUUUCUCUCGCAAAUUGCAACACCAUCAGAUUUGCGGGAGAAUUGUUCCCAACUCUCGUGGAGUAAACCCGUGCGAGAAACACCAAAAAGACCUCGGGAAGAAGAAAAGAAGUCUCCUGAGAUUAUUUUCCUGGACCUGGAUGAAACCGACUCAGAGAGUCAAGGAAACGCUAGUGGCGAGCCUGCAAUCCUUACACCUGUCAAAGUGCGAAAGGACCUGUUCCCAUUUACAGAACCCGCUUCGUAUAGGCUGGAAGAUGUGUACAAGAAAUUAAGAGGCUCGACACCUGUGGGCCACCGAGCUGAGGCUGAUGUCCUAAGUAUGUUAGAGUGUGUUCUUGUCAUUGGCCCAGAAAUCUUGGAGUUCUUUGAUAACAACAACAUUUUAUUUGCUGAUAUUCCAGUUCCUUUGAGAUAUAGAUAGUCGUAUGCAUGGAAAGUGUGGCAUCUGUCCAAAACUGUUGCAGCAAAAUCCUUUUUUUCCCUGCAUGUUUUGUUAAAUUUUUUAUUAUAGAAUCAAUACCUUUCAAGUUAACUUCUAUGUAACGCCAUCCGUUAUCAUAAUGGAAAAAAUAUUUUUAGGCUUUAAAAUUAAUGAUAGUACUUUGCAGACUUAGUAAUUAUCAAACUGCUCCGAAAACACUAUAUUUUUUUUGGUAAAUGGCUCCAGUAAUGGCUAUGAAAUUUAUCAAAGUUUGUGGAAUACACUGUUGUAUGCAUACUGAGUAGAAUCGAUAUAAUUUUAAGGAUUUUAUGGAAUGUAGAGUACUCCUUUUGAAUCAUAUUUUUAAUUUACAAUGACCACGAGAAAGGUAUGGCCCUUUAGGUGCGCAGAUUAAUGACGGGAAGUGGCUUAUGUCUAUCAUUUCUAUCAAUUUGUCAAAAGAUAUCCAUACAAUUGCAUCCCCUUCACAGACUUGUGUGCUUCAAGUGCUGUGUCUGAAAAAUGUAUCCUCUCACGAAAUUCUUGGCUUUUAUUUGUUACUUCAAGCAGAGGUUUUGAACAGGGUUACAUAUGGGAAGAAGUGAACCUCCUCUGAAAGAAGCGGAGCUCUGAUGUUAGGACUCGGCACAAAUUUUGAAUGUGGAUAAUAUAGAGAGCUAACAUAUUUAAUAGUCUACUAUGUGUGCAGAAGUUUUUUCCCUCUGCUUUUUCUGUCCUGCCUUUAAUUUUUCGCAAAGUCCCAACAUCAGUUAACUGCCAGUUGCGGCAAUUUCGAUUACUCACUAUCAAAAGAGGGCACUUACAGUUCAUUCCUUUUUAUUGUACACGCCUUAGGGUUCUCAAAAUGCAAAUCAUUUUCUCUUUCCUCGUUUAAAUAAUAUUUUGCAAGCUCUUUAUUUAUUAUUUUCUGAAUGUAUUUUUAAUACACUACAUUAUUCAGUGUAGAUUUUUGGACCCAGAAAUUUGUGUUCUGAUUUAAUAAUUGAUCUAUUCUGUUCCCCAGACUACUUUUUACAGGACCAAGUAGUCUGUGUCAAUUUUAGAACCUUUGACUUCGGACAUUUUUGUAAACUUUUUGUGCAAGUGUUAUGAUUUUUCUCAAAUUAUCAAAUUUUCCAAAGCAUGGAAUUGGAAAGGUUUGAUGUAUGAUGCAUGUCAAAAGUAUUAGUAUUAGAAAAAAAUGUUGGCAAGAAACAGCUGUCAUUCAACACCAAUACGAUGGAUGAAAAUUUUAGUGUAAAUUUUACAACCUCAUUCGAUUCUGCCUCUUCGGAAGCUUGAAAGCCUGGGCCCUGAGGAAGCUUUCAAAUUUUCUUUUUACUCAUUUUCUACCUGAUCAAAGUUUUUUUAAUCACUAAACUUAAAUCAUAAUUUAAUUUUGGGAGAACAUUCAUUCUGAAAAAGCUUUCAUAAAAAUUAUCUCUUUACAAUUUACAAUUGAUACAAAAUUUCAAAUUUUACAAUUGAUUAAUUGUGUUCAUGAUAUUAUUUACCAUUUUUCUAUGCAAUCCAUGUGUCAUUUAUGUUGUUGCAAAACGUGUUCCAUCUAGAUUAUCUAUUCUUUUGUGUAAUUUGACCAAAAGCAGAUCGAUGGUUGCAAUAUUUGCACUCAAAGAUAAGAACAGCGGAGAAGCAACUUUGAAAAAUGAUAAAUUAAUGAAGAACAACAAUCCUUGUUGCAUUUUAUGAGCUUUGACUGUCAUUCAAUAGUAUUGGGCAAAUAAUAUUAAGAGAAAGUUUUUUAUGAAAUGCUAGUCUUUCGGAUACUUGCUGUAAAAUUUAAAGUAAGCAAUAGUAGAACAAAGCCAUAAAUAGAUGUACAAUGAAAGUUUGUUAUGACUAAAUCUCUCAGAAGAUGGAGUUUUUGUUGAUGCUUCUUCAAAAACCAAGUGAAAAAAUACGUUUCAGACGAAAUCGUGGGAAUGUCGAUCAAGGUUUAAGUCAAAACUUUCUACGGUGUACAAGCUUUCACUGUAUUUUUGUAUUUAAUUCCUUUGUAAUUCAAGACUGAGUGCAAAUCAUUGUCAUCAUGGAAAAGAAACUGUAUGAGGCCUUCUGAUUUUGGGAAAGAGUAUUACGAAGAGAGUUGAAUGAGAGAAUGGAAAAGCAUAAAUCAAAAUUAAAAACUCUCUGUGAAGGUUGUCUUCAAUAUUUACCCUUGUUCUCACUUCUUCUCACAUCCUUUUCCAUCGCUUUCUCAACAGAAAUUGAGGAAGCAACGAAAUAUGCCUUUUGUUUUAAAAUCGAUAUAAUAUUCCAAGAACUUAAAAUUUUAGUUAAGGAUAAUGGAUGUUACUCACAGCAUCUUUGAAUUUACCAAUGAAAAAGAGUAAAAAAAAAGGAAGAAAACAGUAGGCAGCUGUAAACAAAUUUUCCUCGUUAAUUAUUAAUUAUUAAUGUGAUGUAAAUUUUAGUGAGUCUUUCAAAGAGGUGUGUCGCUGUACUCCCUCCUUAGCUGUAACUAGUUGUACCAAUGUCUUUCAAACCAACUUAAUCUCUUAAAAUUUUAUAUUUCUGAGUUGUUCAUUAGACUUGUCAGAGCGUGAAGCAUUACAUUUUUUGGUAAUAAAAAUUUCAAGUACGUAAAAAGUACUACCCAAUUGAAUAUCUGAUACAACGCACUUUUUUUAAGGCUGAUGGUUCCAAUUGGAAUAUAUGCUGUGUUAAAAAUCUUACGCUUACAUUAGUCCUUAUAAUACAUUUUACUUUAAAACAAUACUCAAAGUUUGUCCGAAUUUUAUCAUAAACUUCAUUAUCAGCAUGAAGUACUCCUUUUUGAAUAUGUAGUUGUUUAUUCGUUGAACUGAUGUAUAUAAGUUAAACUUAGUUUUAGUACAAAUUAAAUUUAUUGCGAUCAAUUUUUUUCAAAAUUGAAUGUUGUUAAUUGUAAUUUGUUGUAGAUAUAAGUGCAAGUUACCCUGCCAUUAAACCGAUCGGCCAUUCAUUUAAAACGGAGAUUUUUCCCACUUUCAUGCUGUUGAACUAAAACUUGGAGCUUGGCUGUCGACUCCAAAAAAUUUAAAAUUUACCUAUAAGGUUGUGAAAAGGCACUUUCGAAUUUAGUAGCUGGAACCUUAUAAAAGUGAAAAAAAUUUUUGCACGAAUUCUUGCACGCAUUUAUUUGUAAUUUCAAAUUUUCUCAGAAUAGUUGUUUCAUCCAAAUUGUUGUAUACUGUAACAUUUUAUGUUUUCUAUGCCAUUAGUUUUACAGUCAACCGUUUUUGUAAUAAAUAUUGUUUAGCAUGGAA